GCACUGAUUUACAGCAACAAGCAAAAUAAACAUUUUUAAUUUUAUGGACAAGUUAGUUCCGAGAUGUCGCUUCUGUGUCGAACUUGUGGGGAGCUCGCAAUAAGUCCAAGGCGACUCUUUGACAAGAAGGGCGCCGACGUAUUAAACGACAUCCUUAAACUGACGGGCAUCUGGCUUACUAAGAGGGUAGGAUACCCCUCGCAUAUAUGCUCCAUUUGCCUGCAACAAUCAAAUGAAGCCAUGGCAUUCAGGGAGCUUUGUAUAAGAACCAACCACGCUUGGUACGAAACAGGAGAUGCGGCCGACUCCAAGAGGGCUGAUGACGCUGUGCACCUGGACCCACUAAUUGGAAACGAUGAGGCGGCGACACCUGAAGAGAGCAAAGGAUAUGUCACAUUGGAAAUUGAAACUCUGUGUGACGAACGAAAGUCUGCAAGUCCUUUGAGCCUUCAUGGAGAACCCGAUUCAUUGUAUGCUCGCAAGACAGCUUCGUCGCGUCGUCCCAGGAAUGUAUCAAAUCUGCGUCGAAAAGCUGCGAAGGAACAAUCUGAGGAAAUUGCUAAUGAUGGCGAGUGUCUUGAUGAGCUCUUGGACUUCGACCCCCUCAUAAAUGAAGAUGCUCAGCUUGUCGUUGAGGAGGAGAAUCACGAGGAUGAAAACGUUAUAAAAAGGACUUUGUCGGAGUUCAAGUCACGAUUAGAUUCGUGCUCUGUUCCUAAGAAAGAAGUAUUGCGUGGUUCCAGGAAAUUAAAUCAAGAACCAGUUCUGAAACGUGAAGGAGAUAUUACAAAGAAGAAGCGGUAUAGCAGAGCCAAUGGUGGUUAUUACUGUGACCAAUGCGGCAAAUGGUUCAAGUACAAAAGCAAUCUCAAUGUACAUUUGACGCGACACACGGGCGUCAAGCAAUUUGAAUGCAAGGACUGUGGGCGCAAGGAGUUCACUAUGCACCUUUUGAGCCUACACAUACGAGUCAAACACAAAGGGGAACUGCCAUACUCUUGCAAGUACUGUGGACAGGGCUUUGACAACUGCAUCAAACGUUUAAACCAUGAAAGGCGGCACAAGGAGUGCCCCGAUAUUCGACCACACGUCUGUGCUGUUUGCGGAAAAGCCUUCAAACUGAAGGGAGUCUUAAGGGCGCAUGAGAUUGUGCACACGGGCGAACAGCCAUUCCACUGCGAGAUCUGCGACGUACACUUUAACCGAAAAUCGAGCUUACAAACCCACAACCGAUCGAAGCAGCACAUCAAAAAUGUUGGUCAGGAUAAAAGCAAAACACAGUUGGAUGUAUUUAUGGACGAGGAUGCGUAACGGCAACCAGUUUUAGAUAAAAGAUCCUUCAUUUCGUGUGUGUUUCAAUGGUCUAAUGUUAUCCAUGCAAAAAGUGCAUCAAUAAAAAUAAGACAAUAUUUUAUUUUAUUCAUCAU